CUGGAAUUCCUCUCUUGCUCUCCUGUAAUAAGGGGGCUGAGCUGUCCCUCCGAGGAGGGGGCAUGGUGUGGAUAAAAGAGACGAAAAAUCAGGGGGAGGUUUCCAAAAAUAAAACCCUCCGGUUCCCCUUAAGAAGGCUACAGUGACGGGGAGAAGGCGGGAAGGUGCAACAGCGGUGAGCGCCCGGCUGGAGACGGAGCGCGGCCGCCGGGCUCAGGGCGCACAGCCCCGUGCAGCUCCCGCCGCCAGGCCCUAGCUCCAGGGAGAGCCCGGCCCGCAGUCUGACUUGGGGCCCCCUAGACGGGGAGAGGCUCGCCACUGGGAGGGACCCAAGCGCAGCCCGCGGGCAGCCAGGCGCACCGACUGCGAGCCUCCGGGCAGUUCCCCGCACGCACCGCUCUCCAGUCGCCCCGGAGCCAUGGGGCCUCCGACCACCGCCCGCUGCCCUGUGCGCGCCCUGCGGAACCCCUGGAGGAGCUUCCUGCCGCUCACACUGGCUCUCUUCGUGGGGAUGGGUCAUGCUCAGAGGGACCCGGUGGGAAGAUACGAGCCGGCUGUCAGGGACGUGAAUCGGCUGAGGCGCCCAGGGGUCAGCUAUCCUGCAGCGGCUGCAGCCAAGGUGUACAGCCUGUUCCGGGAGCAGGACGCGCCCGUCCCGAAUUUGCCGCCCUCAGAGCGGGCCCAACCCGGCUGGGGGAGCCCCAGGAGGCCAGCCGAGGCGGAGGCCAGGAGGCCGCCCCGCGCGCAGCAGCCGCGGCGAGUCCAGCCACCUGCGCAGAGUUGGAGAAGCCGGCCCUUGGGCCAGCAGCAGCCUGCACCCCGGGCCCAGGCGGCCCCGGCUCUCCCGCGCCUUGGGACCGUGCAGCGGCCGCGGGCUGCGCGAGGACGGCUUACUGGGAGGAAUGUCUGCGGGGGACAGUGCUGCCCGGGAUGGACCACGGCUAACAGUACCAACCACUGUAUCAAACCCGUGUGUCAGCCGCCCUGCCAGAACAGGGGCUCCUGCAGCCGGCCCCAGCUCUGCGUGUGCCGCUCCGGCUUCCGAGGAGCCCGCUGCGAAGAGGUCAUUCCCGAGGAGGAAUUCGACCCCCAGAACGCCAGGCCGGCACCCCGACGCUCAGCUGAGGGGUCCCCCAACCUGCGCAGGAGCAGUGUGGCCAGAGAAAGCACCACGCCCAGAACACGGCCACCAGUGCCACAGCCGGCGGCGGCCAGGACCCUGAGUGGGCUCAGCCAGACCCACCCCUCCCAGCAGCACGUGGGGCUGUCCCAGACCAUCCGACUUUCUCCAGCUACUGCGGCCAGUGGUCAGCUGACUUCCAAUGCCCUCCCUGUGGGGCCAGGCCCUGAGCGGAGGGAUGGUGCCCAGCAGGCAGCAUAUCUGGACCACCUCUCAUCCCCCUGGGGGCUGAACCUCACGGAGAAAAUCAAGAAGAUCAAGAUCAUCUUCACUCCUACCAUCUGCAAACAGACCUGUGCCCGCGGGCACUGUGCCAACAGCUGUGAGCGCGGUGACACCACCACCCUGUACAGCCAGGGCGGCCACGGGCAUGACCCCAAGUCUGGCUUCCGCAUCUAUUUCUGCCAGAUCCCCUGUCUGAAUGGAGGCCGCUGCAUCGGCAGAGAUGAAUGCUGGUGUCCUGCCAACUCCACCGGGAAGUUCUGUCACCUGCCCACCCCCAGGCUGGACAGAGAGCCUCCAGAGAGGGGCCCCCGCCACAGGGCCCCACCAGAGAGCCCCUUGAAGCAGUCCACCUUCACACUGCCUCUCUCCAACCAGCUGGCCUCUGUGAAUCCCUCCUUGGUGAAGGUGCACAUCCACCACCCGCCUGAGGCCUCCGUGCAGGUCCACCAGGUGGCGCGGGUGCGGGGCGAGGCCGAGGAGGCCCCGGAGGAGAACAGCGUGGAGACCAGACCCUCCCCCCGGCUCCCAGCCAGCCCAGGCCACGGCCACUGGGACAGCAACAGCAUCCCCGCUCGGUCCAGAGAGGCCCCUCGGCCCCCGCCCCUCAUGGUGCCCAGGCCUCAGGGACUCCUGGGCCGGUGCUACCUGAGCGCUGUGAAUGGACAGUGUGCCAACCCCCUGCUGGAGCUGACUGCCCAAGAGGACUGCUGUGGCAGUGUGGGAGCCUUCUGGGGGGUGACCUCAUGUGCCCCAUGCCCACCCAGACCAGCCUCCCCGGUGAUUGAAAAUGGCCAGUUGCAGUGUCCCCAGGGGUACAAGAGACUGAACCUCACUCACUGCCAAGAUGUCAACGAGUGCUUGACCCUGGGCCUGUGCGAGGACUCGGAGUGCGUGAACACCAGGGGCAGCUACCUGUGCACCUGCAGACCUGGCCUCAUGCUGGAUCCGUCGAGGAGCCGCUGUGUGUCGGACAAGGCCAUCUCCAUGCAGCAGGGGCUCUGCUACCGGUUGCUGGGGCCCGGCACCUGCGCCCUGCCUUUGGCCCAGCGGAUCACCAAGCAGAUAUGCUGCUGCAGCCGAGUGGGCAAAGCAUGGGGCAGCAAGUGUGAGAAAUGCCCCCUGCCUGGCACAGAGGCCUUCAGGGAGAUAUGCCCUGCUGGCCACGGCUACACCUACUCGAGCUCCGACAUCCGCCUCUCCAUGAGGAAAGCCGAGGAGGAAGAGCUGGCCAGGCCCUCGAGGGAGCGCGAGCAGAAGAGCAAUGGGACACUGUCCAGGCCAGUGGAGAGGCGGCCAGUGGAGAGGCAGCCCCUCCGGGCGGCCACCAGCACCUGGCUUGAGGCCGGGACCAUCCCUGACAAGGGUGACUCUCAGGCUGGCCAGGUCACAGCCAGCAUUACCCAACUACCUGCCUGGGUCCCAGGAGAUGCUGUAGGAAGACCAACACCGCCACUGCCUGGACAGGGGAUCCUGGAGGCCCAGGAAGAAGAGCGAGUGACCACCCCCAUGGAUGUGCUGGUGACCCCGACCCCCUCAGCCAUUGACAGAUGUGCCACUGGAGCCACCAACAUCUGCGGCCCUGGAACCUGUGUGAACCUCCCUGAUGGAUACAGAUGCAUCUGCAGCCCCGGCUACCGGCUGCACCCCAGCCAGGCCUACUGCACAGAUGACAAUGAGUGUCUGAGGGACCCCUGCAAGGGAAGAGGACGCUGUGUCAAUCACGUGGGCUCCUACUCCUGUUUCUGCUACCCUGGGUACACGCUGGCCACCUCAGGGACCACGCAGGAAUGCCAAGAUGUAGACGAAUGUGAGCAGCCAGGAGUGUGCAGUGAUGGGCGGUGCACCAACACAGAGGGUUCCUACCACUGCGAGUGUAACCAGGGCUACGUCAUGGUCCAGAAGGGACAUUGCCAAGAUAUCAACGAAUGCCAUCACCCUGGCACCUGCCCUGAUGGGAGAUGCGUCAACUCCCCCGGCUCUUACACUUGCCUGGCCUGUGAGGAGGGCUACAGGGGCCAGAGCGGGAGCUGUGUAGAUGUGAAUGAGUGUCUGGCUCCUGGGGUCUGUGCCCACGGAACAUGCACCAACCUGGAGGGCUCCUUUAGAUGCUCUUGUGAGAAGGGCUAUGAGGUCACCUCAGACGAGAAGGGCUGCCAAGAUGUCGACGAGUGUGCCAGCCGGACCUCGUGCCCCACGGGCCUCUGCCUCAACACCGAAGGCUCCUUCACCUGCUCAGCCUGUGAGAGCGGGUACUGGGUAAAUGAGGACGGCACCGCCUGUGAAGACCUAGAUGAGUGCGCCUUUCCGGGAGUCUGCCCCUCGGGAGUCUGCACCAACACCGCUGGCUCCUUCUCCUGCAGGGACUGUGAGGAGGGCUACCAGCCCAGCGCCCUGGGCCACACUUGUGAAGAUGUGGAUGAGUGUGAAGACCUCCAGAGCAGCUGCCUGGGAGGCGAGUGCAAGAACACAGCUGGCUCCUACCAGUGCCUCUGUCCCCAGGGCUUCCAGCUGGCCAAUGGCAGCGUGUGUGAGGACAUAAACGAGUGCGCGGGAGAGGAGUACUGCGCGCCACGCGGCGAGUGUCUCAACAGCCACGGGUCCUUUUUCUGUCUCUGCGCCCCGGGCUUUGCCAGCGCGGAAGGGGGCACCAGCUGCCAGGAUGUGGACGAGUGUGAAGUCACUGACCGGUGCCUCGGGGGGCAGUGUGUCAACACUGAGGGCUCCUUCAAUUGUCUGUGUGAGACUGGCUUCCAGCCCUCCCCAGAGAGCGGGGCGUGUGUAGACAUAGACGAGUGUGCCAACGACACCGUGUGUGGGAACCACGGCUUCUGUGACAACACCGACGGCUCCUUCCGCUGCCUCUGUGACCAGGGCUUCGAGACCUCGCCCUCCGGCUGGGACUGCAUUGAUGUGAACGAAUGUGAGCUGAUGCUGGCGGUGUGCGGGGCUGCGCUCUGCGAGAACGUGGAGGGCUCCUUCCUGUGCCUCUGUGCCAGCGACCUGGAGGAGUACGAUGCCCAGGAGGGGCACUGCCGCCCGCGGGUGGCUGGAGGUCAGAGUAUCCCUGAGGCCUCGCCAGAGGACCACCCCCCGGGCCCCAUCCGCAUGGAAUGCUACUCCGGGCAGACGGGCCAGCCACCCUGCUCCAGCCUUCUGGGCCGGAACACCACGCAGGCCGAGUGCUGCUGCACACAGGGCACUGGCUGGGGAGACGCCUGUGACCUGUGCCCAGCUGAGGACUCCGUCGAAUUCAACGAGAUCUGCCCUAGUGGGAAAGGCUACGUCCCUGUGGAAGGAGCCUGGAUGUUUGGACAGACCACGUACACAGAUGCCGACGAGUGUGUGAUAUUCGGGCCUGGUCUCUGCCGGAAUGGCCGGUGCCUCAACACGGUGCCUGGCUACAUCUGCCUGUGCAACCCCGGCUAUCACUACAAUGCCGCCCGCAGGAAGUGUGAGGAUCAUGACGAAUGCCAGGACAUGGCCUGUGAGGAUGGCGAGUGUGUGAACACAGAAGGCUCCUUCCACUGCUUCUGCAGCCCCCCACUUACCCUGGACCUCAGCCAGCAACGCUGUGUGAACAGCACCAGUGGCAUGGAGGACCUGCCUGACCACGACAUCCACAUGGACAUCUGCUGGAAAAAAGUCACCAAUUAUGUGUGCAGCCAUCCCCUGCAUGGGCGCCGCACCACCUACACCGAGUGCUGCUGCCAGGACGGCGAAGCCUGGAGCCAGCAGUGUGCUCUGUGCCCCCCCAGGAGCUCUGAGGUCUACGCUCAGCUGUGCAACGUGGCUCGGAUUGAAGCUGAGCGAGAGGCUGGGGUCCACUUCCGGCCCGGCUAUGAGUAUGGCCCCGGGCCCGAGGACCUGCACUACAGCCUCUAUGGCCCAGACGGGGCCCCCUUCUACAACUACCUGGGCCCCGAGGAUGCCAUCCCUGAGCCACCCUUCCCCAACACGGCCAGCCACCGAGGGGACCGCAUACCCGUCCUUGAGCCUCCCCUGCCGCCCUCAGAACUCCAGCCCCGCUACGUUGCCAGCCACCCAGGUCUGUGUUGCUGCAAAAAUGGGGAAGAGGUGGGCUCUGAAGCUGUUUCACUUCCAUCUCCUUCACGUGCUAAUCACUGUCAGCAAGAGCACCAGGCCGGCUUUGAAGGGCUCCAGGCAGAGGAGUGUGGCAUCCUGAACGGCUGUGAGAACGGCCGCUGUGUGCGCGUGCGGGAGGGCUACACCUGUGACUGCUUUGAGGGCUUCCAGCUGGACACGGCGCACAUGGCCUGUGUGGAUGUGAAUGAGUGUGAUGACCUGAACGGACCUGCUGCACUCUGUGUCCACGGUCACUGCGAGAACACGGAGGGCUCCUACCGCUGCCACUGCUCCCCAGGUUAUGUGGCCGGGGCAGGCCCCCCACACUGCACUGCCAAGGAGUAGCAGCAAGGGGUCAGUGUGGGAAGUUACCUGGAAAUGGGCCCGGCCACAGGCUUGAAGGAAGCUUUCCUCGCUGGGGAGACCUGUGAAGACAUCGGGCAGGAGGCCCUGCAGCCCAGCUCCCAGCCAGACUCGCCUGCUUCUCAUCUCCCCCAGCUUAGGCUCUGGCUGUGAGCUCUGUCACCGCCUCCACACCGCCAUGCCCUUGCUUGGCUCAAACACCACCAAAUGCUUUAACGCUUCAGCCACAGGCCACGAGGCCCUGUCUGCCAUCUGUCCUGGCCUUGCUGCGGGACACUUACCAAUGGGUGGCCCUCAAGCAGCCCCUCAAGCUGUGCAACCAUGCAAGGUCCUUCAGCCUCACACUGCACACACCCUUUUCCAGCCAUAAUCCACAUAUCAUCCUGAUGCUUCCACACCUGGGUCAGAGGCUCCAUCUGCCCUGGGAUGGUCCUUCAGAAUCUAUCGAGCAAAAAAGGAUCAGGGGAAGUUUGGGGAGUGACUCCAAUGCGUCCUCCCAAGAACCACCACUGCCACUCAGCCAGUCUGGUCUGGGCCAGAUCUGGCCACAUUUCCACCCUGUUGCCAGUGCUGUGGCCCCCCGGAGGGGCAGGAGAUGCCCUCAUCUCAGAGAAGAGUGAUACUAACUUGCUGGGUGUAUGAGACACAAAUGAGAAAGCAGCAAGAGGACAAUAUAAAAGAUCAUGGGGAGUUGAUAAGAAAGAGGGAGCCAGGGCUUUGUACAAGUCUAAAGAAAAUAUUCAGUAACUUUGGGUAAAUAAACAUUCAAAAUCUACCCAGCGAUAGCUCCUGGGCACCACAGCAAGGGCUGCCACAAGCCAGGGUGCCCAUCUCUGAAGACCUGUAUUAAAUACACACUGCUUCUUACAGGAGACAAAUCUCUCCUGGGCUCUCCUUUUGUGGACACCAGUUUGAUGUGCUAAAAAUAAAGCGGUCGAUUUUCUAGCUUGUGAAACACAGUGCAGUCUUGUUUAGGGGGAGCCAGAUUUCCUAUGUUGUUUCUUCUCUCAACUCAGAAGCCUUUGCCCUCUCCCCCUUCAUAAAAUGGAUGGCUGGCAUCCCACUGAGUUUACAAGUAGAGACUCACUCCAGUCUUGGCUAGCUGGGACUUUAAAACCAUGGUGGAAUAAAGAAAUGUACUCCUGGGCUCUUCUGUUUUUGUUUUUAUUUCACAUUAAGCCAAAUUUCUUUACCAUGUUGGCUGAGUCUAAAUAUUAGAGAUGAGGCUGUGCUACCCCCUCACCAGCUCUGCCAACAGCCUAUGAUUGGGUUCCAAUAGGAAAAGGUUCUUUACUCUUCUAAGACAAGGAAAGCUCUGACUUUGCAUUUCUCUGAUGAAUGGCAAUGUAAAUGAACAAGGCUCCACAUGCCUGAAGACAGAGAUGAAUGCUAGUUUCUUAAUUUAUCUGACCUGUCCUACCUGCUGCUCUAAUUGUCAGCCAUCCAAUAAUAACUUAUUGAAUGCUUGCUAUGUGCCAGGCACUGUGUUGAGUGCUGAACACAAAUUUCAUUUGAUCAUCCAACAAUCCUGCUUACUAUUUUUAUUCCCGAUUUACCAAUGAGGAAACUGGACUUACAAAGCUUAAAUAAUUUGCUCUAGGUCACUAUACUAGUUGCAAUGUUUUCAGCAGACAGAAGUAUAUAGUUCUUAAACAUAUGAAAAUGUCCUGACCUUCAAUCAUAAUAAAAAGAAAUGCAAGUUAAAACUACACUGAGACACUUUUUUUAACUGAUUGGCAAAGAUGAAAAAAUCUGUUAAAACUCCUAUUUGGCAAGCAUCUGGGGAAAGAGGCAUUCACACACAUUGCUGCCAACAGUAUAUAGUGGCACAACUCCUAAACAGAAUAAUAUGGUAAUGUCUUUCAAAAUUAUAAAAGCACUUACUCUUUAAAUCAGUGAUUCCACUUCUAGGAAGUUAAAUUUAACCUUCAGACAUAUUCUCCCUAAAUGUGAAAGACAUAUGUUAAGAGGUUAUUUAUCACAGCAUUAUUUGUAAUAGCAAAAGAUUAGAAACAAUUGGCUAUGAAGCCCUAAAAAGAAAAAAAAAAAAAAAGUGG